UCUGCACUCCAAAUCCAACGGUCCCCAUCCUCCUUUAUAUCCGAAUCAUUUCCUAUAUAAACCCACUGUCACCUUUUAACUUCCUCCAAAUCAAUUGCGCUUCUCUUUUAAUUUCAAUUCCUUUGAAUUCGUGUUCAUUUCAUCUUCUCAAUCAUCGGAAAAUGUCUGGACGCGGGAAGGGUGGCAAAGGCUUGGGAAAGGGAGGAGCGAAGCGUCACAGGAAGGUCCUUCGCGACAACAUUCAAGGCAUCACAAAGCCAGCGAUUCGUCGUCUGGCUCGUAGAGGUGGAGUGAAGCGUAUCAGUGGGCUUAUCUACGAGGAGACUCGCGGUGUUCUCAAGAUCUUUCUUGAGAAUGUGAUUCGCGAUGCUGUUACCUAUACAGAACACGCUAGGAGGAAGACGGUGACUGCCAUGGAUGUGGUCUAUGCUCUCAAGAGGCAGGGAAGGACUCUGUAUGGGUUCGGUGGUUGA